GUCUGAGCAAAGAAGAAAAAUGUGUGUGUCUCUGCUUGAAUACAAGUUGCCCUUGUUCUCCUUUUCAAAUCAAAUGUCACAUUGACUCAAAUCCAGCAUUGGAAGCAUGUGGGGAACUGCAACAUAUCAGCCCGGCGCAAUGUAUCCAUCAGACUGGAAGGAAGCCCAAACCCAAAACUCCACUGGCCAAAAUGCAUCCUCUGCAGAAACCCCAAGUACCUCCUAAGCCUGUCCACCUCAAGCCUGGGCAAGAAAGAAUUCCUCCUGCACCUUCUCGGCCUUUACCAGCUGAUCCCAAGUCAUCAAGGAGCUUAGCACCUGGAGAGGAGGAAAUACCAAUAUCGGCAGGAGUCAACACGCUCAUUGAGAAAUUUGAAAGUAUUAGGCAACCUGUACAUAUUCUUCAAAGGAACCAGCUAAAUUUAGCUCUUAAGAUGGAACCAGGCCUGGACUCAUCCAAACAGUCGAGCUCGUGUGACUGUGACAUGGUAGCUUCCAGCGGCUGUUCAACAAAUGAAAAAAGUGAAGCAGAUGAAAAUGAGCCAGACGUACCGCGCGGUGCGGAUCUAUCCAACACAGACAUAAUGAAAAUUAAAGAGCUAAGCAUAGGCGAUAACAAAAGCCAUGAAGACUGUACUGCUGUGAGUGUGAGCAAAGAACCCUCUAGAGAGCUUGGCAGUAAAGACUCAACUGCAGAACUGAACGGUAAUGGUAAAAUUCCCAACAGAGACAGUGGCAUUGACAGCCCUUCUUGUAGCGUGGCAGGGGAAACUUUCCCCAACGAAGAAGGUGCAGAGCAGAAGAAGCCCGGUGUGUCUGGGAAUCCGGGGGAGAUGGAACCUGACAAAAAGAGCACCAAAUCUUCCUCUGCAGAGCAGAAGAGAGACUCCACACAGGAUGAAGACAGUGAUAUUGAUGAAGGAAGUAGCGAGGAACAAGAAACAGCAGAAGUGCCAAAGUUAGAGUAUAUGGAUAUAAACAAGUGUACAGAGCCCCAAAAGCUAUUCAACAUUGCAAAUGAACUGCUCCAUACAGAAGAAGCGUAUGUUAAAAGACUCCAUCUGUUGGAUCAGGUGUUUUGCACUAAGUUGUCAGAAGCAGGUAUUUCAUCUGAAGUGAUAACGGGCAUCUUUUCAAAUAUUUCUUCUAUCUAUUGUUUCCACGGACAAUUUCUUCUUCCUGAGCUCAAAACAAGAAUUACACAAGAAUGGAGUGUGAACCCACGGUUAGGAGACAUCCUGCAGAAACUGGCUCCUUUCCUGAAGAUGUAUGGAGAAUAUGUGAAGAACUUUGACAGGGCAAUGGACAUGGUGAAUACGUGCAUGCAGAGGUCAUCUCCUUUCAAAGAUGUUGUUCAGAAUAUACAGAAGCAGGAGGUGUGUGGUAACCUGACGCUGCAGCACCACAUGCUUGAACCUGUGCAGAGGAUUCCUCGUUACGAGCUUCUCCUGAAGGACUAUCUAAAGAAACUUCCAGAAGAAUCUCCAGACAGGAAAGAUGCUGAAAAAUCACUGGAGCUCAUAUCUACAGCAGCAAACCAUUCGAAUGCUGCCAUCAGAAAGAUGGAAAAGAUGCACAAGCUUUUGGAAGUCUACGAGAGACUCGGUGGUGAAGAGGAUAUUGUUAACCCAGCCAAUGAGCUCAUUAAGGAAGGACACAUUCAGAAACUUUCAGCAAAGAAUGGCACAGCACAGGAUAGGUAUUUAUUCCUGUUUAACAGCAUGGUGCUGUACUGUGUGCCAAAACUCAGGCUGAUAGGCCAGAAGUUCAGUGUUCGAGAGAAGAUGGACAUUGGAGGACUGCAGGUCCAAGAAAUUGCCAAGCAAAACGUGGCUCAUACAUUUUCAAUAACAGGAAAAAAGAGAUCACUGGAACUACAGGCCAGGACAGAAGAAGAGAAGAGGGAAUGGAUUCAGGUUAUCCAAGCAACAAUUGAAAAGCACAAACAGAACAGUGAAACCUUCAGAGCUUUCAAUAGCUCAUUUUCUCAAGAAGAGGAACAUCUUCCGGAUUCAUCAAUAGCAAGUACGAGCUCUGUGGAAUCGAUGCCAGGAGCAGACAGCGGCGCACUUGGAGGGAGCGAUUCCUGUAGGAAAUCUUCCAAGUCCAAGCGGGACAAGGAGAAGCAGGCGUGCAAGAGCUGCAGUGAGAGCUUUAACUCUAUCACUAAACGGCGGCACCACUGCAAGCAGUGUGGAGCAGUGAUCUGUGCAAAAUGCUCAGAGUUCAAACCACUUGCAGAUAAUAGUCGUCACAAUCGAGUGUGUAAAGAGUGUUUUCUUCAGCUACCACUGAGCCCAUGCAGCCCUGGAGUGGAAGCAGUAGGAGAACAGAAGAAAAGACAAGCUGCAGAGAAGCAAAGCUUAUUAGCACCUGAAAACAGCCUCUUCAGCAGCUACCUCCAGUUCCUUGAAAAAGGGAAGACUUGGUACAAAAUGUGGGUGACCAUCCCCAAGACUGAACCUCUUGUUCUGUACCUGCAAGGAAUUAGCCAGGAUGGACGGGGUCCACGUCCUAUUCCUCUGCCGGGAUACGAAGUCAGUUUUCCAGGUUCUGGUGAGAAGUUUGAAGUGAAGCAUGUCUUUAAGCUCUGCCAGUCCCAGCAAACUAUAUAUUUCAGUGCAGAAGAUGAAGAGCUGCAGCUGAAAUGGAUGGAAAUUCUCGCCAAAGCAGCCAAAGGGGAAACUGAAGAUGUAGCUGAAGGGCUCAACAACCCGUAGAGCAAGUUUCAUUUAGUUUCUUUUGUACAUGCUAUAAACCAUCACUUGAAUUUUGGUAUUCAUGGCACUUUGAAAUCUGUAUGGCUUUAUAUUUUCAUGUGUCUGCAUAGGAAAUUCAGUGGUUUCUCUCCUUUUAUUGUACAUUUCUCACGUACAGUAGUUAUCUGGCAUAUGUUAUGUUAAUGGAGAAGGUAGUUGUAGUUGUUGGUGGUGUUGAUGCUGGUUAAAAGACAAAAAAAAAGACAAGGAGAAAAGCAUUAAUUUUAUCAAAGGUAAUGGAAAACCAUUGGUCUCUUGUUUUCCUAAAUGUAUAUUUUCCAGUCCUUUUGAUUGCUGUUCAGUGCAGGAUGUGUAUAGUCUGUGAUUAGUUCUAUAAAUGCUGCCUCUUAAGUUAAAUGUUGUAAAGGCUUGUGCUGGCCACUGACAUUCCACUCACUGUCCUCUCCCUCCUGGUAAAAGGUCUCUGUGAAGUGUGAGCAACGUUCUGAAUAUUUUCUUUUGCUAAAACUUUGUCUCUGCUAUUUUGAGAUGACCUGUUCACAAGACAAAUACUGUAGAAGGGACUUCUAAAAAUGACUGCAAAACUGUGCAGGGAAGAACAUUAAGAAGCCUCAUUGAUUUUAAGCAUUUAUAAUAUUGUUUUGUUUUCUUUUGAAACCAAUACCUUCCUUACUUCUAUUUGAACCCAUUUUAAUGUAAGUGAACAAAUGUUUUAUACUGCCAACUGGGAUAUGAUCAAUAAACGAGAACAUUUUUAGUACACACAGUACAAAAAGGUGACUUUUUUAUUGCUGUACUGGUUAAUUUAAAAGUGCCCUAGGAUUUAUUUAUAUAUUUUGUAAAUAAUGUUUCAUAAGUAUUUUAAGAAUUUUUAAAAGAUCUGAGCUAAUUAACAGGACUUAGUGCUUAGAAUAAGACAUAUUUGUAUGAACUGAAUUUGUAAUUUAAUUUUCCUGUUCACUUGUAUUUGUCUAAUUUUCAAACUUAAGUGCUUAUCUAUUUAAAUAAAAAUUCGUGCAGUUAACUCCUGAGCCAGAUCUCCAAGGCACAGCAAGCUUUAGGUUGGCAUUUAAUAUAGGUUAAAAAGAGGGAAAAUAAAAACAAAAAUAAGGACUGUGUGUUCCUAGUGGUAGCAAGCAUGUAGUUCUGAUAAAAAUGAAAUAAAAUCUGUCACAGUACUAUAAUUUUUAAAUGGUUUGGUUUAACUUUUGUUUCCUCUUCAGCCUUCUGCAUUUUGUGAUGUUGGUAGAAAGAAAGAGCUGCUCCAUACAGCCAGAAUCGGUUAGAAUUGCUGAAAAUUAGCAGUCUCCAUCAGUGAGUGUAUUUCUUACCUAUAGAGAAGGAUUU